AUGGCGCCGGUGCAGAUUAGUCUACAGGUGGGCAAAGAAAAAUUUCAGUGGCAAGAUGGGCUCGAGAAAUGCGAUGACAAGGAAGACAAGGACAUUCGAAAAUUACUUGUCCUCUCCAAAGCGGUAGGUUGGCAGACUUUGCAAUACCACGAGGAUCUGAAAAGGAACAUUCUUUCAUUUCAAUACUUCGGAGCAUUCAGAACGUGA